AAACUUAUUAAAUAGUCAAAAUGAGUGAUAGUCAGAACCAUCACGAUAUAACACAUCUUUUAACUCCGUUUUUUGAUCGGCAGUUAAUUAUUCCCUUCUUAGAGUUUCUCAGUGGUAAAGAAAUUUAUAAAGAAGAACAUAUCUUAAAUGCUAAGAUAGAGCUCUUAAGAGGAACUAAAAUGGCCGAUGCAUUGGUGGAAAUAUAUGAAACUAUGGGGGAAACUGCACCUGAUGAUCUUCUGGCUCGAAGAGAAGCUAUUGUUGCUGACUAUAGGUUGAGAGAACAGGAAAUAACUAAUAUUGUUGGUGCUAUCGAGAGAAUACAACAGGACGAAGAUAUUAAUUUGGACCUUGAGACUUUGCAACGGGAGCUACAGGAGGAUGCUGUUGAGGCAGUUCAUCGUAUAUACCACUAUGGUAAGUUGCAAUACGAUACUGGAAACUAUCCUCUGGCCAUUGAGUAUUUGGAUGUGUACUCAGCAUUGGCACCGUCUAGUGACAAGUACAGCAUGAGCGUCAUUUGGGGAACUAUGGCUUGUUAUAUUCUGAACCAGAACUGGGAUCAAGCUUUGGAAGACUUGAAGCGUUUGCGACAAAUUAUUGAUCAGAACUCGGCAACUGCGAACCCCCUGCAAUCUCUGCAACAGCGCACCUGGCUCAUCCACUGGGGUCUGUUUGUCUACUUCAACCACCCGAAGGGACGCGACCUCCUCAUAGACCACUGUCUGGUGUCCGACCAACAGUACCUGAACGCCAUCCAAACCCAAUGUCCACACAUUCUCAGAUAUUUAUGCGUGGCAGUGAUUGCGAAUAAAAGACGCAGAAAUGUAAUGAAGGACUUGGUGAAGAUCAUUGAACAGGAGAGCUACGCGUACAAGGAUCCAAUCACACAGUUUGUGUCUUGUCUCUUUGUGGACUAUGACUUCGAUGGGGCUCAGAACAAGCUAAAGGAAUGUGAAGCUGUCAUCACAAACGACUUCUUCUCAACUGCGUGUACUGAGGAUUUUAUGGAGAAUGCACGUCUGUAUAUCUUCGAGAUGUUCUGUCGUAUCCAUCAGGUCAUCUCGAUUGACAUGUUGGCCCGAAAACUAAAUAUGGGUGCUGAACAAGCCGAACAAUGGAUUGUGAAUCUGAUCCGAGAUGCGAGAAUGGACGCCAAAAUUGAUUCCCAAAAGGGACACGUGUUAAUGGGAACUGUAGAUGUUACAGUAUACCAACAGGUUUUGGAUAAGGUGAGGGCGCUCCAGUUUAGAACGCAGCAGUUGGCUAAUAAUCUGAACAAGCUCUCGGAUCAACAUCAUUCUAACCAGUCUCAUUCGUCGCAUGGCUACAAGUCGGCGGGAAGUGCAUCCUCGCAUCAGUUCGGAGCUCUGACCAACAAUAAGCAAGAGUCUUCGGCGCCCACGUCAGUUUGGAAUACCGGCGCGCUUUGAUCAUAUUAAGUAUUAACAGUUGUCGGUGCGGUAAAUGAUAUCAAUUUGUGAAUUUCAAAGCAUCAAAACAUACUACAGUUGCAGUUUGAUCAAGAAAAUUCCCCAAUUUAUGCGAAUCCUCGAUUUUUCUGAAUACUCAGUUUUGAUGCUUAAAACGACCUUUUUUUGCAUAGCAACGGUGUUAUUUGAUAUCUGCAACAGCGUGGAGUCAUUUGUCGGUUUGAGACCAGUUGACUGCAUAAAAUUAUCUCGAUGUUUUUGCUUGCUUUGAAUUGAUUAUUGGACGACAA